CCGAUGGAGUGGUGGGCCUGGGUUGGAAUUAUCAACUACCCGCUGGUCUCUUUGAUUGCUGAGCGAGUGUUCACGAUUACGACCUCUUCGGCAUCAGCCGAGCGUGCAUGGAGUAUUCAUGGGUACAUUUGCUCUAAGCGCCGAGGCAGUCUCGGCAACGAGAAGGCGCACAUGUUGGCCUCCAUCUACUCCAAC